ACCACCAAAACUCUGGGAAUACGAUGGAAUGCGAUAUCAGAUCAAUUCUCAUACACUCUUGAGUCAAUAUCUGCAAUAUCCGCAAAAACCAAAAGGCAAAUCCUGUCGUCUGUGGCAAAACUUUUUGACCCCGCAGGAUGGCUUGCACCAAUUAUGAUCCAAGCAAAGAUACUCAUUCAAGAAUUGUGGCUAGACGGAACAGAUUGGGACGAACAAGUUAAACCACUACGCUUGAUAAAAUGGUCCCAAUUUGCCAACAAUCUGAACACUAUUUCGGAAAUACAAAUCCCUCGAUGGGUAAACUACUCUCCCGAACAUCAAGUCGAACUUCACGGCUUCUGCGACGCCUCUGAAAAGGCAUACUGCGCUACUAUAUACGUGCGCACACAACAAGAUAGCAAAACAACAAGCCACUUGCUAGUCGCAAAAGGCAAAGUGGCUCCGCUAAAGACCGUAAGCCUACCACGACUUGAGCUAUGCGGGGCGCUCCUCCUUGCAAAACUAGCCUCCACCGUUCAAACCCACUUAAGCCUGAACAAUCGCAAAUUACAUCUAUGGACUGACUCUGGAAUAGUUUUAGCUUGGUUAGAAAAACCACCCCAUAUGUGGAAGACAUAUGUGUCAAACCGCACAGCCCAAAUAAUUGACUUAGUUGGGCCAGCAACUUGGCGACAUGUAGCCAGUGCUGACAACCCAGCCGAUCUUGGCACAAGAGGUUGCAAACCCCUGCAUCUCGCCACCACCUCACUCUGGUGGAACGGCCCCAGCUGGCUAACAGAAUCACAAGAAUUCUGGCCACAAUCCCCGAUACGCAACAUAAUACCCCCCGAAAGUCGAAAAAUUGAAAGCUUUCAUGCCGUAUUGAAUGAUACUGACAUACUGGAGCGAUUUUCAUCGUUCCCCCGAGCCCUCAGAGUAAUAGCUUAUAUGUUUCAGUUCAUAACUCGCCUCAAAAAUAAAGUAAAAGGAGCGCCUAACCCCCCCGCAUCAUGCACUAACACACCAAGAUCUGCAACGGGCUAA